UUGUAUAAAGCAGCCAAUAACGCGUACGAUCAUCAAGGUCAUGUGUUAAGCUGAAAAAAUCAAUAAAAUCGCAUUUUUUAAAUGAAUGACAUAUACUUAAUUCCACUCCUGUCUAUGAAUAAAUUACUUCCUUUUUGGAUAGUUAAUAGUCAGAUUUGACAAAAAACAAAGAGAAAUAAUGAACACUACAUCUUUUUCACCAACAGGUUUUACACUGAUCACCUUACACAAAAUGGAUAUGAAAAAUCAACGCCCACCAUCUGAUUUACCAAAUUCAACAUGGUUACCGAACAAAUCAGAUUAUAAAAAUAAUUUAAUUAUAUUGACAUAUUUUUUGAUUGAUCUAUUCAGUUGUACAAUAAUGAUUAUUGCAUUGUUUUAUGUAUGGUAUCCACUUGGUAUUGAGAAGAAAAAGAGAAAAGUUAUUUCAGCUGUUUAUGAUAUACCAAGUGUAAAUAAUCUGGAAUAUUAUGGAUUGGAGCAUUUAAAUCUUUGUGGAACAACAAAAAAUCUUUUUCAACCAAAUGAUUCAAUCAGUUCACCUCAUUCUGUUCCAUCGUCUCCUCGGCCUUCUGCUCCGCCACAGCCACCUACACUUCCAAAAACACCGACGACGACGACGACAACAACUACGACUGCAACGCCGACUAUACCGAAACGACGUAUUAAAAGAUUUACGCAUACAGUUGGUAAGACGAAGAAGACAACUUCAAAGAUUAGUUCAACAGAUUAAUCGAAGUAAAAUAAUCAGUAAUAAUUAGUAAUAAUAUGAAUGUGAAUAAUACUCAG